ACGAGAUCUGUUUCCAUUCUUCUGUUUAAAUGUUACUCGUUUCAGACGGAACUAACAAUAGCUACUAAACGCGAAUAGUAUCUACUCAUUUGCUAUUAAUAAACUAUAUUUUUCGUACAUGAAAAUCAAACGCCCUCUUCAUUUCGCCAUCCUCCACAAUGAGGUGUCUACACUUUGACAUAUUACUGUCCAGUAAAUAUUCUGCCUUUGGACCAUUCAUAUCGUAUAGCUGCCAUUUUGAGGGUAGCAUGGUGGUCGCUGGUAAGGUGUCAAGCUCGAACGAAAAAGCAAUACUAAUUGACUGAUAUUCUUAUCUCGCUUGUCAAUAGUAACGCUUAUCACAAAUAAGUCCAACGUAGGGUAAAAAGUAAAAACUUUUCUGUGAAGUAUAUAGUAAGUAUAUACAAAAAAACGUAGUUUUAUUAAAGUGUUUGCUCUCGAAAGUCUUAGAUAUCUUCAUAUUUUCCGUGUAACAAACUAGAACGAGAUUGUUUGUUUUCUUAAAUAGCGACAAUUUUAUCGUACGGCUUUGUGAAUUACGCACUUGAGCUAUUGGUUACGAAGACCUAUGGUGAGGAGAUAUGGGAGAAAAUAAAGAAAAAGGCAGAAGUGGCUAUGGAGGGAUCAUUCUUAGUUCGUCAGAUUUAUGAAGAUGAGAUAACAUAUAACCUGAUCACUGCUGCUGUUGAAAUCCUCGAGAAACCCGCCGAUGCAAUUCUCGAGUUGUUCGGGAUGACAUUCUUCGAAUUCUGUCAGGAUUCUGGCUAUGAUAAGAUCCUGCAAGUCCUUGGCGCAACGCCUCGAGAUUUUUUGCAAAACUUGGAUGGCCUCCACGAUCACUUGGGCACCUUAUAUCCAGGUAUGCGUGCGCCGUCAUUCCGAUGCACCGAGAGACCUGAGGACGGUGCCCUGGUCCUUCAUUACUACUCCGACAGACCUGGUUUGGAGCAUAUCGUGAUCGGGAUUGUUAAGACCGUCACUAGUAAACUUCAUAAAACAGAGGUGAAAGUGGAAAUAUUGAAGACGAAAGAAGAAUGUGAUCAUGUGCAGUUCCUCAUCACUGAAACAUCCAACACUGGUCGAGUUUCAAUACCCGAGAUCGCUGAAAUUGAAACUCUAUCGUUGGACCCUAAAGUCAGUCCAGCAACAUUUUGUCGCGUGUUUCCAUUUCAUUUGAUGUUUGAUCGUGAUCUGAACAUCGUGCAGGCUGGGCGUACUGUAUCCCGUCUUUUGCCGCGGGUGACUCGUCCUGGGUGCAAAAUAACAGACGUUCUCGAAACAGUUCGUCCACAUUUGGAAAUGACUUUUGCGAAUGUGUUGGCGCACAUAAAUACUGUCUAUGUUCUUAAAACUAAGUCAGAAGAGAUGACGGUGAACGAUCCUCACGAGGAAAUUGCCUCUUUGCGUUUAAAGGGUCAAAUGCUAUAUAUUCCCGAAACAGAUGUGGUAGUUUUCCAAUGUUAUCCUAGCGUCACUAACCUUGAUGACCUAACUCGUCGUGGUCUUUGUAUCUCUGACAUUCCUCUGCAUGACGCCACAAGAGACUUAGUUCUCAUGUCGGAGCAAUUUGAAGCAGAUUAUAAACUGACUCAAAACCUCGAAGUGUUGACGGACAAAUUACAGCAGACAUUCCGGGAAUUGGAGACAGAAAAACAAAAGACGGAUCGUCUUCUGUAUUCGGUUCUGCCAAUAAGCGUAGCAACGGAAUUGCGCCAUCGUCGCCCUGUACCAGCUCGUCGAUAUGACCCCGUAACUCUUCUCUUCAGCGGUAUUGUAGGUUUCGCUAAUUAUUGCGCUAGAAACAUUGAUCACAAAGGAGCUAUGAAAAUUGUUAAAAUGCUGAAUGAUCUGUACACGGCAUUUGACGUCCUCACUGAUCCAAAAAGGAAUCCUAAUGUGUAUAAGGUAGAAACUGUUGGCGAUAAAUACAUGGCAGUGUCGGGGCUCCCGGAGUAUAAAGUUGCCCAUGCAAAACAUAUUUCUUUGCUUGCCCUCGAGAUGAUGGAUCUUUCAAGAACUGUGACCGUUGAUGGAGAACCAGUGGGAAUCACUAUUGGUAUACAUUCCGGAGAAGUUGUUACUGGUGUAAUAGGACAUCGUAUGCCACGCUAUUGUCUGUUUGGAAAUACAGUAAACCUGACUAGUCGCUGUGAGACAACUGGUGUGCCUGGGACGAUUAACGUCAGUGAAGACACCUAUAGCUAUUUAAUGGGUCCAGAUAACUAUGACGAGCAAUUUGAAUUGACUUACCGCGGGCAUGUCUCCAUGAAGGGGAAAGCAGAGCCCAUGCAAACCUGGUUCCUAACAAGAAAAUCAGCCUAAACAUGCAAAAUACAAAUGAGCUGCAAUACAUUUUAUCAUAUACCAUAUAUGUUACACAAGAUAUAGUAUAUAUAUGAUAGGCCUCAAAUAUAGCCUAACAAGCUAGCAUUAAUGUUUAUAGAAAAUUUUUAUCUUAAAUCACGUAAUGUUUGUAGGAAAUUAUCACUGAAAAUUUUUAUUAAUACAAUUAAAAACAACAUUGUUUACUAAAGGAAUUGUUUAAAACUAGAAUUAACAGUACUUUCAUGAUAUUGUUCAUAAUAAAACUAAUUAGAAAACCAUUAUAUAAUAUUAUAUCACAUAUUUUUAUCAAUGUAUUAAGUUAUAAAUCUUAUUAUAUUUGUUACUAUGUCAAAAAAUGUCAGUCUAUGUCAAAAUUGACUUAUUUAGUUCCUAGAAACUUAUUGCAUAUUCUAUGUUAAAGAAUUCGAAUAGACAUCUUUAUCUAGUAGUUGUAGGUGGAUUACAAGAUAUUAAAUGAAGAA